ACGUAUGAGUUAGACUUUUCUGGCUGUGAAGUUCAUCCAGAUAAGCUUUGUUAUUUUUGAUGAACCUCUGAGUUCUGAAUCCAGUUAGAAACUCUUUGGUUUGGGCAAAACUAACUCAAUUCCACUGUUGUAAAUGAAAUAAAAACACAAAGCGACCCACUCCCUGUGGCCCUCGUCACCCUCAGUCUCUUGAACCACUGAUUCCCAGGCAGAGGCACGUAACAUUUCACUGGGAUUUAUGAUGCCACAAAGCCAGAUUUCUCUCCCGGAAGUUGUUGAGUCUGUGACUAAUAAUCAUCUGAGGUCCGUGAGUGGACAGAUCAGAGGGUGGAAGUUCGUCAUCAUCACAGACUGAGAAGAUGACGGACCAACUCAGGGAAAGACAUAAAGCAUCUCUAGAGCAUAAACAGAGACAAGUUACAAGGGAUGGACAUUCCUUUUUUAAGUGACUUUGAAGGAAAGUGGAUGUAUUACUGCCAUUAUUAUUUCCAAUUGAUAUGGCAGUUCUAGGGGGGGAGGAUGAUCCCAUACAGUGACACAUGAGAGGGUGAAUCAUAAGUCGUAACAUUACUUCUCUUCAUUUUUUGGGAUAAUACGUUGUGUCAUGUCAAAGAGCAUGGGAGCAUGAGAGUCAGUCUGACCCAGCAGCCCAAGCAGGACACACAGGGAGGACGACAGCAGGCAGGGGUUUUCCCAAGCCACGCUGGAGCACAGCUCUCUCAGUACUGACAGAUUUAGGAUCUGCAACUGUAAAAGUGUUUAGGGACGACUUAGACAUUUUAACUUCUAGGUGCCAAACUCUUUACUGAUCACAAAAGUCUUACAUUUACUGAUGAGACAUUUCAUGUAAACUACUGAUUUAAUUUUAAAGGUUCAGUGUGUGGAAUUUAGUGACAUCUAGUGGUGAAGUUGUAUGUUGCAGCUGAUUUCCCCUCACCGCACCCUCCCCUUCCAAGCAUGAAAGAGAACCUGUGGAAGCAUUCAGUUGUCUUAAAAACUCCAAUUUAAACUAUUGUAAAAACAUGGCGGCCUCCGUAGAGAACCGUCUCCUGAAAGUUAUUAAAAAUAAAAGGGUAGGGUAAAGAAAAAAACUAUUCGUACAAUUUAGAGGAAACACACAAGUGAAAACAUCAUUAGAAUUAUUUUAUACAAAAUUUCUGCCAAAGGAUCCAAUUCACCUUAAACGUACACACUGAACCUUUAAUUGUGAUGUGAGCCUCUGUGCUUUUGAUUGAAGCCGCCGCCGCUGAGUGUGUCAAGUAUUAGCAGCUUGGUAAUUUGCGUCUUUGACUCAAACAGGGAUCCAAAAAGGCUCCAUUUCAUGUUAAAAGCAGUCGUUGAAAUAUUAUUUAAAGUGAGGCUGCCCUCCCACCCUGCAUUAUGUUUGUUGUGCACACGCCGCAGUGAAACUAUCGGCCUGUUGUGGGUGGCUGUGGAGGACAAGCCUUGUUUAUGUAUCUUGGUUAAGGGGUGACUCUGGUGGGUUUCUCUCAAAGACUCCCUCUGUGCACUUCCCUGAUUUGCGGCUGCGGUGGAAAAUUCUCAUUUGGGAUUUGAGCACACACACACACACACACACAACACACACACACAUACACACACACACACACACACACCACACACAUACACACACACACACAGCUUGAAAGCCUCGCAGUCAACACUUCAUCAGCGAGUCAGGUCAAGUAACUCACUUCACACAACGGGUGUGCGCAUAUGCACAAACACUCAUUCACUGACAAAGAUACACACACACACACAAGGCGUUCUCUCUCUCUAACUCUCUCUCACACACACACACACACACACACACACACACACACACAGUGUUUAGGCCUGCCUAACCAAUCAGAGUGAACUGCACUCGGUCCCCAGAAGUGGGUGGGGGAGCUGUUGAAACAGAAGUCUGUCUUAGGACGAACAAAGUUUGCCUUGGUGGUUUGGAGAACUUUUCUGCUCACUUCUUCUCUGCAAAAAACUUUCUUUUUUCAUCCACCUAUUUUUUUUUAUUAUUAUUUAUGAACUCUGGGGUCCAUUAGGGCGAAGCUUGAGUGUGGAAUGGCUGAACUGGUGCGAAUCCGUAAGAAACGGCUGCAGAUCCCCAUCUCUAGGCUGCGGAGCAUGUUGAAGCAGCUGGAGGAGAAAGAUGUCGACUUUGAGGAAAUCAGAAGGAAUCUGGAUUUAACAGCAUCGUUGCUAGAGGCAGUUUACCUGGAUGGAACAAGGCAGUGUCUGGAGACCGAGGACGAUCUUCAGCAGCUGCAGUCGGACGGCGUGCCUCCAGAGGUCACCGACUGGCUGGCCUCCACCUUCACGCAGAGGGUCCGACGGCCAAUGCGCCGCUCGGAUGAGAAGCCCAAGUUCCGCAGCAUUGUCCACGCGGUGCAGGCCGGGAUAUUUGUGGAGAGGAUGUUCAAGAGGGCCUACACGGCCGCCAUGCCCGACCAACCAGCUGCGGUCGUAAACUGCCUCAGGGAUGUUGACCGCUGGAGCUUUGACGUGUUCGCUCUGAACUCGGCGAGCUCCGAUCACGCACUACGAACUCUUUUCUUCGAGCUGAUCACCAGAUAUGAGCUCAACAGCCGAUUUAAGAUUCCCAUCUCGUGCCUGACGGAGUUCCUGUCUGCGCUGGAGAGAGGAUACUGCAGAUACAACAACCCGUACCACAGCCACGUCCACGCUGCUGACGUGACUCAGACCCUGCACUGCCUGCUGCUGCGCUCUGGACUCGUGCACUGGCUGACAGAGCUGGAAGUGUUGGCGUCUCUAUUCGCUGCGGCCAUUCACGACUACGAACACACAGGAACCACAAACAACUUUCACAUCCACACAAAGUCAGAGUUUGCGUUGAUGUACAACGACCGGUCGGUCCAGGAGAGCCAUCACCUGAGUGCGGCGUUUCGGCUGCUGCAGGACGACCAAAUGAACAUCUUCGUCAACUUGACGCGAGAGGAGUGGAUGGAGCUGCGCACCCUGGUCAUAGAGAUGGUGUUGUCCACAGACAUGUCCUCCCACCUCCUCCAAGUCAAAGCCAUGAAAUCCUGCCUCCAACAACAAGAGCGCAGGAUUGACAAGCCCAAAGCCCUGUCUCUGCUACUGCACACGGCCGACAUAAGCCAUCCGUCCAAGCCCUGGGCGCUGCACUCUCGCUGGACCAAGUCUCUGAUGGAGGAGUUUUUCCAACAGGGUGAUAGAGAGGCGGAGCUGGGCCUGCCCUUCUCUCCUCUGUGUGAUCGAAAAAGCACUCUGGUAGCCGAGUCCCAGAUCGGCUUCAUAGACUUCAUCGUGUAUCCUACUUUCUCUCUGCUGACGGACAUGGCUGAGAAGAUUGUUAUUCCUCUGGUGGAGGAGAAUCCAGGUCCUCCAGACCCUUGUAACAGACACAGUAGUCUGUGGAAGGAGAGCUCCAGAGGUCUGCAGUGGAGUCUUGCUCACAUCACAGCUGAGCUGGUGAGCUUCCGCUCCACAUGGACACGACACACCGAAGACAACAAGCUCAAAUGGAAGGACAGCAGCUCCAAUGGAUUUACAGAACCCAAACUGACAGAAGAACAGACGUCCAGACAAGAGGAGCGCUCAGAAAAAUCCCAGCAGGAUCCCACCCCAGAUACAAACCAGUAGACGUUUUUUACAAGUGCUUUUUUCAUAGAAUAAACCAAGGUUAGCUGAGGAUGACAUUGAGUCACUCUUGUAACAAGACGACAAUGUUCUGAUCGAUAGAUGAAAGUGGGGAGGAGAGAGGGUGUUAAGUUUAAGACCAUCUUCCCAAGGUAAGAUGCAGUCACAGAAAUGUCCUCAUGUCUUAUUUCAAGUGUAGUGUAACUAUGCUAAUUUAAAUGCAAAGUCGACAUGCUGGCCAUGUUAUACAGUAAAGUCCGUGUAAUUAAUUUAAUUUGCCACAUAAACGCUCAUAAGGGAAUAAUUUACUCUUUAUCUUUUGAACUGAACAAAAAUCAUUUAAUCAACAAUCAUCAAUAAACCUUGAAAACAUGUCAA